GACAGCCACACAAUAUGACCUUUUAAACAUACAUAGAAAGCUUACUUCAAAUUCAGACAUUUUCUUAAGGUUGGGGGUUACAUAAUUAAGCAGGUUGGCUCCAGAUAUUCUGUUGACAAGCAAACUACGGGUGCCAAAAUAGAAUCAUUUUUGUGUAAGUGAAGAAUAUCGCAGUAAGUCCAUGGUUUGGCGCGUUCGUACAGAUCACCAUGUGAAACACAACAGGAUGCCAACACAAGGUCCAUCCACAAGAGGGAUGGAGACCAAAUGCUUGGGCAGAUGGAGCUUUGGACUUUGGAGACCUUUGGAUCAUGUGUUCUUCCUGGUCCUGAUCCUGCUAUGCUGUCAAGUACAGCUACUGAGCACAGCUAGCACAGUAACUGCGUCUCCAAACACUACAGCACCUACAGGAUCCACACAAUUGACAACGACUGGACAAACUGGUACCACAAUAAAUUUACCUACAACCUCAGCGAUAUUCACAACAAGCCGUUUUACCACGCUACCUAUAACAACAACAAAUUUACCUACAACCUCAGCGAUAUUCACAACAAGCCGUUUUACCACGCUACCUAUAACAACAACAAAUUUACCUACAACCUCAGCGAUAUUCACAACAAGCCGUUUUACCACGCUACCUAUAACUACAACAACAACACCAACAACAACAACAAUGGCAACAACAACAGAAGCCCCAACCACAUCAUCACAAACAAGCAAUCCAGCAACAUCCACGACAGAACUACACACAACUGAAGGCACAACUCCAUAUGUCCAAACUGUGGAAACCACACCCCAACUAUCCACCGAAAUUACUUCUUUUUCUGAAACAGCCACAAUAUUCACAACAUCUACAGCAAAUUCACCUGACCUAUCAUCUCCCUCCAUUCUAAAUGAUACAACACCACUGAUACUAACAACCAUGCAGCUCACAGCAACUGUUCCAACGCCCUUACAAUGCACUUAUCAUCAAAACUGUAAUCAGACAUUUUACUUCAUGACAUUGUCAAUUAUGGGAACAGAAGACAUGGACAUUUAUCAAACUGUCAGACCAUUGCUUGAAAAAUUUUUCAGAACAAACCUAGACAGUUGUGCACAUGAUUCCAGUACAAGGAACACAAGCCUGACUGAAGACAUAACGUUCGCAUGUCCUCCAGAAAUGGAUGCACAAUGUACUGUUCUUUUGAAGCUGAGUGAACCUGUCAGUGUUUGCUGUAUUAGAGACACUGUAGAGAAGGCAAGGGUGAGCUUGUACACCACUGUAACUGUGGUGGGAGAAAUUGAAAGAGUGGGUGUGUGCAAUGUGAAACAGAUCCCAACUGGACGAUAUUAUAAAUGCAAUCAGUCAGUCAAACUUGAAGAGGUGUGUAAUUCAAACUUACAGCGUUUACCAUGUGAAUACAGUGCAAAUAUGGUUAUUCCGCUGGAUACUGGUGCUCAGGAGAACUGUACUCUUAGCCCACCACCACCGAGCAGAGAUCCCUGUUUUUGUUCUUCGUACUGCAAUAGCUCAGAUUACUAUAUCAGUGUUAACAUUGAUGUGAGCACUGUAGUGACCAUCGCUGUCAUCGAAUCCUCUAUUCAACAGUUGUUGAAUAACUCUCCAUGCAACAGCACAUUAUUUGAUUGUAUGAUUAUCAAAACUUUCAUAAGUCACUAUAGGGACUCGCAAGUGAUUUGUUCACCAGGGAUAGAGCAACAGAACUGUAACAUUAUAGUGAAACUACACACAGCCAUCAACUUGUGUGAUGUUCAGAUGGCUUUCAAGGCCUUCAUUGAACCACAAUACCCAGUGCACAUCGGAAAUAUAACCAGAGUUGCUAUGUGCUCUUGGAACAAUUCUUUGGAAGAAAAUGUCACUUUGGUGCAACCAUUGGGUACAAAUUUAAAUUCUGCUGACUUCUGCAUGAUGACAAACAGAGAAUACUCGGUUGGUUACUGCUCACAGGGAUCAAGUGUAGUCGUUCCUCUGUCUGACCCUUGUAAUUCAUCCAUGCUCAUGACCACAACCCCCCCAUCAUUCACAAGUACAAACUCCACAGAACAGGCAACUUCUGUGACACCCUCUGUGAAUGUAACACUCUCUAACACCACCACCACCCUGAAUGCUACAGUCUCCACAACAGUGUCACUUGAGAACCAAACUUCUUCAUCACCUGCUAAUGUCACAGUCAUAGUGUCAACAACAGCAUCAGUGAUAGAUGCUGAACAAUUGUUGAAAAUGUCUGCAAAUGCCUCAUCUUUAAACACCACUCAGGUGGACAAGAUCUUAUCGCAGCUCGAGUCACUCCUCUCUGGCCCCAAUGUCAGCCUGGCCCUGGGAAAUACUUCCAUUGAGAUUGUCAGCAACCUCCUUGAUGUUUCUGUAGCUGUUAUAACUCCUUUCUCCAAGAGAGUCAUUGGCAUUGUGGACACAGUGGGUCUUAAACUGGUUGUGCCGGGAGAAAGUAUAUCAAUACUUUCUCCAUCUCUGGCUCUGGCAGUGAAGCAAGUCGAUGGGGCCAACUUUCAAGAGAUGUCGUUCUCCAUAUAUAACCCAUCCAACCUACAGAUCCGUAGUGAAUUCACUCUGCAAAGAAAUGUUGUGGGUCAGGUCCGGUCUACUCCUCUUGGCUCAAUUACUCUCCCAGCUUCCCUGACACAGAACCUAACCCCACAAGAGCAGCAUCUUGUAUCCAGAGUCCAGUUCAACUAUUACCAAAAGAGCACUUUCUUCCAGGACAAAGCACUUGGUCAACGUAAACUAAACAGCGGGAUUCUAAGUACCAGUGUGGGUAAUGUGAGCAUCUCGGGUCUACAGAAGAAUGUGGUGAUAACCCUGAAGAACACAGAGCCCAUUCCGGAUAACUGUGUAGCUUCCUGUGCAUUCUGGGACUUUGGCUUAAAUGAUGGCUCUGGUGGCUGGAGUUCUCAAGGGUGCCAUUUGAUUAACUCAUCUUCUGAAGAAACACAGUGUGGUUGUAAUCACCUUACCAGCUUUGGCAUUCUGCUUGACAUUUCCAAGACUCCCAUAAGUGCUGAGCAGCGCAAAAUCCUGACAUACAUUACAUAUAUCGGCUGUGGCAUCUCGGCUAUUUUCCUGUCUAUCACCCUGCUCACUUAUCUGGCCUUUGGUAAACGCCGCAAAGACAUCCCAUCUAAGAUCCUUAUUCAGCUGUGUUUGGCCUUGCUGCUGCUAAACCUUGUGUUCUUGUUGGAUGCGUGGCUGGCUCUGUACUCUGAAGAUGCUAAAGGCCUUUGUAUCUCGACUGCCUUCUUCCUGCAUUACUUCCUCCUGGCAUCCUUCACCUGGAUGGCACUGGAGGCUGUCCACAUGUACCUGGCCCUUGUUAAGGUGUUCAACACCUACAUCUCCCGCUUUAUGAUCAAGAUGGGACUUGCUGGUUGGGGCAUUCCACUCAUUGUAGUCAUAAUCGUCAUUGCCAUAAACAAAGACAACUAUGGCCUUGUGUCAUACGGGAAGUUUCCGGAUGGAACGACAGAUGAUUUUUGCUGGAUAAAAAACGACAUUGCCUUUUAUGUCGCCGUGGUGGCGUACUUCUGUCUUGUCUUCCUGCUGAAUUUGAUCAUGUUUAUUGUGGUGAUGAUCCAGCUGUGCCGCAUUAAGAGGCAGAACCCUCACAAUCUGCAGAAUCGCAGUGGCUGGCAGGACAUGCGCAGUGUAGCUGGACUCACUGUGCUUCUGGGUCUCACCUGGGGCUUCGCUUUCUUUGCCUGGGGCCCUGUUAACCUGGCCUUCAUGUACCUGUUUGCCAUUUUUAACACUUUACAAGGAUUCUUUAUCUUUGUGUUCCACUGUGCCAUGAAAGAGAAUGUCAGACGACAAUGGAGAACAUACCUGUGUUGUGGUAGACUGAGACUGGCAGAGAACUCAGAAUGGAGUCGCACAGCAUCUCAGAAGAAUAAAAAAGCCACCACGAAUAGGACAUCAUUACAUUCGGCUCGGUCCAAUAAUUCUAGCUCCUCUUUCCUGAACAAUGACAGCAUAGUGUGUGACGUGCCAAUGGGCAUCGGCAACCCAAUGGACAGUAAGACAAUAACAGCGUCUGAAGAGCACAUCUCAGACGUGGUAUUGAAUGAGAUCAACGACCAUUACCGGAGUCAAAGAUAAUACUGAAUGAACUGAUCAUAACCACAAUUACUCCUACUGUAUCUGUACAGGUGUACCUUCAUGUGUGUGUUGUUAAGUGUGUGUGAUGUAUUUUCUAAUAAGACUGUGUUUAAAUGGUAUUUCCUUAAAGUAUUGACAGUUGUACUAUAUAUACAACAAUAAAGAUUUUAAUUAUUGAAGCACUUUAAUCAAAGCAAUUAAAUUACAAAGCUACCACAGCAACUAAAAACCUGUUAAACCAAUAAUAAAAGCGAGGCAAAAUACAAACAAACAAAAAAAGCGGAACAUAUCGAAUGGUUUAGGGCUGAUCCAAUAGCUUUCAGUGAAUAAUUAGCAUUGGCUAAUUGUGUAUAUAAUUAUUUGCUUAAAUGCUUUUGUUCAGUGACAUUUUAUAUACAUAUCUAUGAGUCUGUAAUACUUGAGUUAUGUUCUCAUGUAUUUUUUUAUUUUUGUAUUUUCAUAGCUUUUCAAAAGAAUAAUUUACAAUUAUAUAUUACAACAACAAAGUUUUAGAGUGUCUGGUUGAUCUUAGGAUUUAUUUCCAGAUUUUCAAUUUUAUACAAGCACACAGACAAACAUGCAGGUGGAUACACACACACACACACACAACACUAUUUUUGAAUGUCCAAAGAAUAAUAAUGUGAACCAUAUUUUUGCCAAAAGUCAGUGGUCUUGACUAUGCCAGACUAGCAGUAGGGCUUUUACAUUCCAUCUUUACAAUUCAUUGGUUUAUCUUACACUUUUACUCAUCUGUAUGUUCACAUCAUAUUCAUAAGUAAAUCUUCAACAUGACAUAGCAGGCUGGCUUGGUCUACACAUUAAGAAUGGUAUGAGAAAGAUGCCAGAGUUGAGUUCCCCCUUUCAGACCUAAUUAAUUAUAGAAGAUAAAGUUGGAUUUUGGGUGGUGGAUGUAUUCCAUAAGAAUUGUCAUAGGAGUGAGGUAAGCAGCUAUUUAUACAUCCAUAGCACUGAGAUUGUCAGGACAAUAUGAAUAUACUCCUCCCGAAUGUUUGUUGGGAACAUUUAAGACAAAACACAUUCCUCCAAAUCCAGUGAGGAAUUCAAAACGUUUUAGGCCUCUCGGAGACGUGAUGUUUCAGAGGACAUCAACAUUGUCCACUUUGUCAGGCCACUUGUGCUUCUUGCCCGAGCUGAAGUGUUUGAUAGCCAUUACAGGCCCAAAGUUCAAUAUUAAACCUCAAAUAGUCUUUUAGACUUUUUUUUACAGCGACUUGUCAGGAAAAAGACAAACUAUAUG